CACUGUCCUCCACAAACACAUAUGGCACAAAAGCAGAAAAGCACCAAGGCAGCUGAUUACAGCACACGGAAGACAACAGUGCUUUCUGGGACUGAACUGGCACAACUGGAUCAAAAGUUAAACAGAGACAUAGAAAAAAGGUGUGAGUGACAAGGAGCACAUGGAGAAGACCGCCUCUUCCUUUACCUCAGACAUAGACUCCCACCUGUGUCUUGUCAAAAGCUCAGUGAGGGCACUGCGAAGGGGUCAAGCCGACAAAGCAGAGCUGGAAAGCAUCGCUGUGAAGACUGAAUACCUCCUAGGGCAGAUCUGCAUCGAGGAGAUCACAGAGACACUGGGCAAAUAUGACAAAUACAUAAAGCACCAAUAUGAAGCCUUCAAGAACAUGGUGGAGCAGGUGAAGACGACACCUAAUGAUGCCUCAAAGCACAUGACCCAUUUUAGGGAGAUCUACGAGAGAGAAAAAAGCGACCUGAGCCUCGAUGUCUAUUACUGGAGUGUGAUGGGAUCUGGGCGACUCUUUAGCAGGCCACUUCUCAAAGUGUACCUGGACCAGUCUGCUGGCAGUCGUGAGCUUAUGAAGCAGAAGUGUUCCCAGCUCAACUAUCUCUUACACAUUGGCCUCACUGCACACAUGGCGUACGUAUGUGUCACGGAUGACAAUGAGACGGAGCUCUGGAAGAAAUGGGCCUUGAGGAUGACCAACAUUCAAAAUCACAUGCAAAAUGCACUGAACGAGUGUAAGGACUAGUGCUCAUGUC